ACGUGUUCUAUGUAUUCAAUUUCCUGUCAUCUUAUUACUUUCCUUUCUCUAUGACUAUUUUGUAAUCGAAAAUGAAACUUUCCAAUGGGAUAGUAUGCCUAAAAUUAUUGGUAGACUCUUAUAAUUUUUAUAUCAUGGGAGUUUCAUAUUAAAUGUAGAAAAUAUAGUACCUAAAAGGAAUUUCUACCCAGAAUUUUAGCUAAUUUGUGUAUAUGCAAGCAAUUGAAGUUAGUUUUAGAUAAUUUACCUCCAUAUGUACACCUAAACAUACCUUCUAUCAAAUUCUAUAUGUGUUUUUAUUUAAAAAUUUCAGCUGUUAAUGUGGACGAUGAAAGUAUCUAAUGAACGAAAUUCAAAAAUGAUAUCAAACAAAAAUAAAUAUGAUAAUCACUCGGGAAAGAAGUGCCCCCUGCUGAAAGUAGUAUUACUUGGUGAUAGUAAUGUUGGGAAGACUUGUCUAAUGAGUCGUUUUGUCAAAGAUCAGUUUAAUUUUGAUACGUACUGUACUAUCGGUGUGGAGUUCCUAGAGAAGGAUGUUUACAUCAAAGAUAAUGUAUAUAAAUUACAAAUCUGGGAUACUGCUGGCAAUGAACGCUUCCACAGUCUGAGGAUUCCUUUCUAUCGUGGUACCGAUAUUUGCAUACUAACAUACAGUGUAGACAAUAUGCAAAGCUUUGAAAAUUUGAGUGUAUGGAAGAAAGAAUUUUUAUAUUAUGCUGAUAUACGGAAUCCAGGAAAUUUUCCUUUUAUGGUUAUAGGAAAUAAAAUAGAUUUAGACUCAGAAAAGAAGGUUGUCACUACUGAACUCCUGACAUCGUGGAUAACCAAUAACGGAUGUCCGCCGUUUGUAGAAACAAGUGCUAAAGAUGCAACAAAUGUGCCAUUGGCUUUUAGAUUAGCAGUUGAAAACUGGUUGAAAAUGGAAAACAAAAAUGAGAAACAGUUUGAAGGUGAAACUGUGAUAUUAACUGAUCAUUCACAAAAUUCAAAUUGUUGUAAUUAAAUUUUAUAAUAAUCACAAAUUCUUACCAAAGACAAUUAUUGUUAUUUACUGUUCAUUAAAGUUAUAUUAUUAUUUAAUACUUUAAAAAAAAUGUAAUUUUAU